AUGGACUGGGAGGCCCAGAAGGCUGAGAUCGAGCGACUUUAUCUUACGGAGGGGAGGACCCUUAACGAUGUGAUGCAUAUUAUGGAAGCAUCUCAUGGGUUUUACCGUGGAAAGGGACAGUAUACCUCGAAGCUCAAGCAGUGGGGCUUUAAGAAAUACAAGGCGGGCCCCGAAAAAUGGAAGUAUAUCAAGAAGAAGAUUGAAGAGCGAAGGCAACAGAAAAAGGAAAGCGCUGUAUAUAUCGAUCGUAUUCUUCAAGAGCCCAAGAAAGUGAAGUACGAGAUCGGCCGACAAGCUUUCCAAUCGACAUUCGAAAGGUUUUGCUCCGCUCCCUCUCCGAAAACACCAGAAGGCGUGCUGGUCUGCACACCCAGAGAAUCUACAUUGCAGACUCGAUGGCCUUCAGACCUUCCGUGGUUCCGGUUCUCUCGUGCAAUGUUUUCCCCAACUUAUGAUGACGACAUUCAUGUUACACUUAGCACUAUGUUUUCCUCUCUGUCUGCUGUUGAACAUCUGGACGUCGAUCUCCGCAUGCUCCUCAGCGUAAUCCCAUUCCUUACCGAACACGGCCCCGACAAUGAGGCGAAGAGCAAUCGUGACGAGGUUUCUGGUCUUCACCUUAUUAUGCCAGAAGAAUAUGAAGGCCAGAACCUCCACACAUGUGACCAAAUUCUCUACAGGACUACCAGAAUGGAGCUUCCUGAGACUCUCCGGGUAUUCAUGUUUUUGCUCUCAAAUAAUUUCCCUCUCGGGAAAUAUGGUGCAGAGUUUUUCCCCUCCUGGGAUGUUGAACAGGAACAUCGACUGGCAAUGGUACUUUUAAACGCCCCUGGCCUGGCUGCAGUUGACAACCUUCGACACUUGCUUUUUGUGGGAGGACCGACAGCCGAGGCCAUUUUCGAGCGAAUUUUCCAGUCCGCUUUGAGAUUACACGAUUUGAGAGCCUUGCGAAUGAUGCUGGAGGCCGGCAUAAAUCCCAACACAACAAUCCGUUCAGGCACAACUGGAAAGGCUUCACCACUAGAGUUCGCCGCAGUGGUUCUGACCGGUAGGCUUGGGCUUGAAAUGAGCCAGCUUCUAUUGUCAUUCAAGGCCGACAUUAACAAUCAUUUUAUGAUGCCGGCAAUUGAUAUUGCCAUUCGGAUGGGCAAAAAAGACCUUGCACAGUUCUUGAUAUCUCAAGGGGCAAAGGUUGGCCUGUCAUCGCUGAAAGUUUCCAUUAUGAAAGAAGACUCGGUCUUAGUUGACUUGAUUCUCACGGCCGGCCUGAAUCCCGAUAUGUUGCUGAGCAACAAUGAUUCAAGCGACCCCGAAUUCACCGCACUCGGUCAAGCUACAAUUUGUGGCAACUUGACGAUAGCACAGAUGUUGCUUUCGAAAGGGACAAAUGUGAACGCAGCACAGAUGGUCAUAUUUCAAGAGGAGAAGUUCCAAUCAACGGCCUUGGGUCUUGCAUCGAGAAACGGUAAUCUCGAAAUGAUGCUUCUGCUCCUGAAAUCAUCCGCUCAUGUCGACAGCAAGGUAUCUCUCAGCCCAGCACAGAUUCCUUGUCUCGUUCUUGCCGUAGCUCACGGCCAAAGAAAAGCAACCCAACUCUUGCUUCAGUUCGGGGCUGAUAUCGACGCUGCGAACGGAUUCAGGACGGCAAAUGAGGGACGGCAAAAGACACUCGUUGAGCGGGCAUUGGAUCGAAAGGACUUUGAGCUACACCAAAUAUUGUUGAAAUGGGGAGCUCAGCCAGUCCCACAUGCUCUACAGGAAUACUACAGCUCCCAACUCCCUCGUCAUAUCAGAAACGAUGAUUUCGAGGCGGUCGAUUGGUUGAUUCGAAGGGGGGCUCUGGUGAAUUACGUGUUCAACGACUUUCCUGACCGCCCCUUAGGAAUGGCAAUUGCACAAGGCAACAUUAGAAUCAUUCAUUUGCUUCGCAAGGCUGGCGCAGUAGCCUCAGAGCUCGUCGUCCCUUAUUUAGCGGAUCUUAGGACAGCCGAGUUUCUAAAUCACUUGGGGAUUCUGCCCGAGAUAUUGAAGGCCAGUGGUCCAAUGAUUCUGACUUCGGCCAUCUCCUCAGAAGACCGAGAUCUGGUGCAGUAUCUUCUCGCUCGCGGAGUUGGCCAAGAUGGUCAUCCAGGAAGGCGACCCAGUUUACCGGCAUGCAAAACUCCUCUAGAAGCUGCAUUUUUACGAAAGGAUCUGUCUGUAGCACGGAUUCUCAUUGCGAAAGGAGCGUCAGUUGGUGAGACAGAAGUUAUAGCAAUGGUCUGGCAGGCUAUCUUAAGGGAUGAUAUUGAAAUUCUUGAACAAUUUCUCGCCUUCAUCCCAGACGGUUUGUCUGCCCCGACUGCAGUGGGAACCGCCAUCCUCGCCUCGAAACCAUCUUUUGUUUGUCUGCUAAAAUCCUCGGGUAUCAUGCUCGAGGGAAAGGCUUAUCUCGCCCCCUCUUACUUUUUCCGGCCUGAGGCAAUCAGCCAUAAGGAAGGUUGGUGGCAUUCAACAGACCGCUACGUGAAAGAGGAAGUGGGAUCCGUGCUUGAAAUUGCAGCGCGUUGUGGAACACUGAAUACUCUGCAAUUCUUACUUGACUGGGGAACAUGGACAAGAGAAGAGAGAGGGCGGGCGUUGACAGCAGGCCUAUCCUGUGGACAUGAUGAUAUCGUGUCGCAUCUACUGGAGAUGGAUAAUGUAGAUGUCAACCAGGGGAUUUUUCCACCCUUUUCGAACCUCUCUAAUACACUUAUCAUGAGGCAUCCGGAAGAAUAUAUUCCACUCCAAUUGGCGGUCCGCUCGGGCAAUAUUGAGCUCACGAAGCUGCUUCUGACCAGAGGAGCCGAUAUCAACUGCCUAGAAAAGGGCAUUGGUGGAACCACUCCACUGCAACAAGCCGCAAACAAAGGCAAUACCCAGCUGUUGACGCUACUUCUGGACGCUGGAGCUGACGUCAACCAUCCCCCCUGUCAUGACGGCGGAGCCACUGCAUUGCAAUACGCAGCCUUUCAUGGCUAUAUUUCAAUAGUCCGUCAGCUACUUGACGCAGGCGCCGAUGUCAAUGCACAGGGCUCGAUGGUACAUGGGCGAACAGCUUUGGAGGGCGCCGCGGAGAAUGGGCGUCUGGAUACCGUACAGCUUUUGCUGGACCGAGGGGCAUCAAUUAAGGGGAUGUUCAGGCAGCAGCUUGUUCGUGCAGUUGAGCUUGCGGAUAUCAUGGGGCACUGCGCUUUGGCCAGAUUUCUCAAGUCCCUUGACGCCUGA